AUGAGCAAUUAUUUUUUUAAUUCAGGACUCAAAAGGGAUGGGCAAUUAUAAUUAGUGCCUGAACAUAUUCGUUUUAAUAUAACAUAGCUUACUCCAUCCGAAGUUGGGAUAGUUUAAUUUUAAUUAAUUUUAGCAGAAUAAGAGUAAAAUAAUAUUGAACUAAUUGAUAUUCAAGAUAACCUUGGAAAACCUUUGAUAAAAAUAACAUUAAAAUAAACAGAGCUUGUAAUUCAAUAUUUGGAUGGUACUUACAAAUUUCCGAUUUAAUAAAUCAUUUUAUACAAGUUGUAUCCAAUAUUUAUAUCAUUCCACAAUCAGAUAAAUUUGAUCACAAACUCAAAUGUUUAAAGUUAAAAUCUUCAAUAAAAAUUUACUUAUACAUCCAAUAAAGUGGGAAUAUUAUUAGGAAGUAAAAAUAAUUAGAAUGCUUUCACUGGGAUUACAAGAAAUUUAUAGAUAAGAUUUGUGAAAGAAGCCGAUUUAAAAAUGUAAAUAGAUGGUGAAAUCAAAUUGUAGAAAUCUAUUCUUAAUGACUUGAAUGAUAUUGGAUAGAUAAAAUAUAAAUUGCCAUUUAGCAAACCAUUGAAAUCAAUAGAAGAGCUGGAUAAUUGGAAACCCAAUGAAGAAUACACAAUACUUCCAAUUUAGCCACUAAAGAAAAUUACAAGAACAAACAAUUAACCUCUGUUGGUGUGUCAUGAUAUGUAAGGAGGCUAUAAGGAAGAUAUUUGGUGUUUUGGAAAUCCUUUGAGAUAAAAUAGUUAUCGCUUUUAUUACAUGACCCAUUGUGACAUUUUUGUAUAUUUUUCACAUACUUUUAUCACCAUUCCAAGUGUGCCCUACAUUAACAUUUGUCAUCAAUUUGGUACAAAGAUAUUAGGAACUAUCAUAACAGAAGGAGAUGAUAAUACUUUGACUAAAUAAAUAUUGGACUUAAAAUAUGUGGAUAAACUAGUGUAGAUUUGUUAGUUCUAUAAAUUUGAUGGUUAUUUAUUAAAUAUCGAAACAAAUGUGGAUAAUGUGGACUUGUUUCUACAAUUCAUCAAAUAAUUGAGUGAUAAAUUAUAAUAGAUAGGAGCCCUGUUGAUGUAUUAUGAUAGUCAUAAUGCUGAGGGAGUUUUGAAAUGGCAAUCUGAAUUGAAUUAGGAUAAUAUGAAAUACUUCUAAGCUUGUAAUUACUUUUUUAGUGAUUAUCAUUGGAAUUUGAAUAAAUUGGCAAAUACAGGGAAGAAUGCUGGAAAUUAGAGGAAUAAUGUUUUCGUAGGAAUUGACAUAUGGGGCAGGGGACAGUAUGGAGGUGGAUAAUUCGAUAGUUAUAUCGCAUUGUAAGAGAUAAAAAGAGCAUAAUUAGCCACAGCAAUUUUUGGUUAAGCUUGGACAUAUGAAACUUCAAAUGAUAGUAGAUCAUAGUUUAUUCAGAAUGAUAAUUCAUUAUGGCAAGGGAAGAAUACAGUUUCCUUGUUUGAUAAACAUAAAAAUUAAUGGGCUAUCACAUUCAAUGGGGGAUAAGGAUGGAAAAUCGUACAAGAUAAUGGAGAGGAGACUGCAAUAGCAUCCUUUGAUUGGUGCAUCAGAACGUAUACGGUGUAAUUGAAUUUGGUAUCUUAAAACAAAGGAGGUAUUAUUCAAUUCAAUGCAAAAGUAAAGGGAACUGGUCCAAAAUUUGAGGAUUUAUAUCUUAUUGGUAUUGAGUUAUAUGAUAGACAAAACAGAUGUAUUGCUAGCAUCGAUUCAUUUUCGACUAAGGUAAACAAGGGAGAAAUUCAGUUUAAUGCAGAUCAUGUUAAUGUUGCUGACGAUAAAUGGAGAGAACAUACUUUGAGUAUCAAAACUACUGAUGAUACAGAAUAUAUAAAAUUUAUAGAGGCUGGAAAAGACGUGGAAUAUUGGGCUGGUAAUUAUGGUACUCAAUUUACUGGGGAAUCUAUGGUUUACAUAAGUUAUGACUAUUACAAGGAUCUAUUGAGAAUGAUAAAACCAAAGACAUAUUAAGAAUUCCCUUUGCAAUCUUAUUUCAAUAAUGCUGUUGGAGAGGCCUAUUAUAUUGAUGGUCAAAAGAAUACACAUUAUAAGGGAUACUACGAUAAUUUGAAUGAUUUUGAUUAUUCUUUAUGCUAUCCAACAAAAAAGAUUAUCAGCCAAGACAUUCAAGAUAAUUGGGAAAGUAAUAUCAAUUUUAGCGAUUCAUGGAAUGGAAGUAGUUGCAUCAAAAUUAAAGGAGAUUUAUAAGUUCAUAAAAGUUUUCUCAUUAAAUUAUUUAAAACUAGGAUUGACCCUCAAGGUAAUAUCAAUGCAAGCAUUAACAUGAAAAACUUUGAUAAAAAGAUUUUUUAGUUAAGUUUGGUUUUUAAAUUUGCAGACAAGGGAUUGUAAACAUUCAAGCCAACCAAAAUAUUAGCAAAUAAGGGUUGGGAUAUUUCAUAAUACACAAUUUUAAAUCAAGGAAAAACCUUGAAAUCCGUGUACCUUAAGAUUGAAAACAUUUCUUAAUAAUAACAAGCAGUCGAUGGGCUUAUUGGAGGUCUAGCUAUCUAUGAUGACAGAUACACAGAGCAAAUGAAGGCUGCCAAUGUAGAUUUCAAAGACCCAACCAAAUACAUCAAGAAUAUCUAGUUAAAAGAAAGCAUCACAAAUCUUUAUGAUUUAUAUAUUUAAUUGGACCUAGGAGAAUUGGGACCACUCCUUAAAACUAUCAGAAUUUUUAAUGAUAAAUAAUGGAUUGGAAAUGUGAGAUCUAAUUAUGCGUAUUUCCCUGAACUCCCUUUUGAUGGAAAAGAAAUGUUUGUGAGAUUGCAGAUUGUUUUGAAUAAUGGAAAUCACAUUAAGGCUGAGUUGUUAGAUUGCCAUGAAAUAUAUAUUAUUAUGCAUUUAAUUCCAAAAUUGACUAAAUUAAACAAAUCUCAGGAAGACAUCUCAGCUAUUCAAGAUCAUCUGAGUCAAUUACCUUAGUUUCAAGCUCCUUAUGAAGUCUUAAAAGACUUGUGCAAAACCAUAGGAUAUGUUUAUUUUGAAACUGGUCAAGUAGUCUAACAAAAUAAUAAAUUUGCAUUCUAUGUAAUUAAGGGAUUGCUCUAAACAGAAGACAACAUCUAAAUUCAACCUGAAAUGUGGUAUGAAGGAGAUUUAGGAUUUGAAGUUAAAUAAGAUACUCAUUGCUUUGCAUUACCAAUUGAUUUAUACAAAAAGUUUAGCUCCAGUCAUGGCGUUUUGUAUUAAUAAAAGAAAAAAUCACUAAUAGCCAAUCUACCUAUAGUAGAAAAAAUUGCUCCUAAAAUAUAAGAACAAUUAAUACGACUUUUCUAGGAAGUCAAAUUUGCGCAUACAGACUUCAUCUAGAAAAUGGAUGAACCUGGAAAUGCGUUAUUUAUAUUACAAUAUGGAGUUCUGAGUUUAAGCAAAAACUAUUAGAAGGCACUUUCUCAUUAUGAAAAAUAAGUGUUACCCAGAAAAUUUUGGUUUAAUGAAAUUGUUAUAUGUGAAUUAAAUGAUCAAGGCAUUUUAGGAGAAGAAUUCACCUAAUAAGAAAAAGCACUUUACAACGUUUAAGUGAUAUCAAAGACUGCAUCUCUUUUAAUGAUAUCAAUACAACAACUUAAAAAUGUAUCUCCCUAAGUUUUUCAAUCAGUCUGUAAAAUGUUUAAAGAUAGAACUAUUAUAAGGGAUGAAAUUUAUAAAUAAAAAUGCAAUGAAUUGGAAAAGAAUUGGUAAAAUACAAAUAAGGAUUAAAUGCUCAAUUAGGAUAUAAAAAAAACCAUAUCCUUCAAAGUUCUUUCUAAACAACCUUCUGCCUGCCAGGAUUAACAAAGCUAAACUAAUGAUGAUCAGUUUGGAGCUCUAUUAGGAAACCUAUCUUAUAAAAAAAUGCCUACAUUCAUUUAAUAAUACUUCAGAUAAAAACAUCUUAAGGUUAAGAAACGACAAGAUCAAAGCCAAUUAAAUAAUUCAAAUUCUAUGAAUCAUAUGGAUUCAACUUUUGACCCAUAUAUUUUACUUUAAAAAAGUUAACAAAAAAUGCUAGUUUAAUAAUAGAAUUCCUCAAAAUAACAACAAAAUGCUUUGCGUUAAACAAAAACAAGAUAAAUGGAUAGAAAAUCAGAAUAAACAAAAUCACAAUAAAUCAGGCCGAAUACUUCUCAAAUUAUGGUUUAAUAACAAUUUUCUUUAGGAUUGGCUGCAUAAUAAUUGCAAUCCAACAAUUAAUUAGGCAGUGGUUCUAGAUAAGAAUUAACUUUAUAGAAUAAUAUAUUAUAGAAUUUUCAUACUCCUAAACCAAUAAUCAGGUAGUUGAAAAGAAUGUAUAGAAGUUCCUCCGUUCAUAAGAUUGAUGACCCUCCUUUCUCGCUCAUACCUUAAUUAAAAUACAAUAAAACCCCUAGAGAUAGUAUGUUCUAUCUAAAUUUAUAACAAAACUAUUCAGGUUAAAGAAUCAAAGUUAAUUAGUUAUUGCAUAAUUCUAUAGAUUGA